AUAUUCCUGAGCCUGGCUCGGUCCCUGAACGCUGCAGCAGCGGGGCUGUGCCGCGCGCUAAUGAGGCCUGAUUAGACUCACCUGUGGCCGGCGGAGGGCUCGUGCUGAGGGCCCGUGCUGUCACUGAGCGGUGAGACCGGAGCACUUAGCUGUCUGACGGUAGAGCCGGUAGUGAGUGAGUGUGUGUGUGUGUUUAGUUCGGUUAGCGGCGGGAUGCAGAAAGGACUGAAGAAAUACUUCGUCAACAUGGACGAGUAUCUGAGCAGCCUGGGGCUCUACAGGAAGAUGGUGGCGCGAGACGCCUCCAGCCUCUUCCGGGCUGUGUCCGAACAGUUGUAUUACUCUCAGAACUACCACCAGAGGAUCCGUCAGGAGUGUGCAGACUUCAUGAGAGCCAAUAGAUGCAACUUUGAACCGUUUGUUGAAGGAUCAUUUGAAAAAUACCUGGAGCGUCUGGAGGACCCCAAGGAGACGGUUGGUCAGGUGGAGAUCAAGGCUCUGUCACAGCUCUACAGGCGGUGUUUCCUGAUCUACCGUUACCCGGGGAAAGCAGCCACGGUCAUCUCAGAGGACGACUUCAUCGACAAGGUGAAGAAUGAUAAUCAGGUGACGCUGUGUUGCUCCAUCAACGGUCACUAUGACAUUGUGUACUCGAGGAGUUACCCGGCCUCGGCAGCCCUCUGUCAGUCUCUUUUCUACGAGCUGCUCUACACCAAGGUGUUUGGCUUCGAGGAGGCGGAGCUCUGUCAGGCUAUGGAGGCCUUCAGGGUCGGAGGUCGUCGCUAUAGAAACAGCCAGUCCAUGUGUAGCGACGCAGACUUUGGCUACGACACACCUGAGGACCGCAAUCACAGGGAGGAGCCGGAGGCGGGUGGAGUUGCCGAGGAAAAACUGCGAGUGUCGACCGACGAAUCAAAGCCUCCUGCAGAAGCCCCGCCCCCCUCCUCCAGAGUGUCUCUUCCUUAUAAGGUCAUGAAGUCUCUGGAUGCAGAUGUGUACAGAAACCUGGAGUUUGACGUGUGGCAGGACACCUGCAAAGAGAUGCAGAAGACAGACUACAUGGUGUUUGCAGGGAGGCAGUACUUCCUGGGAGACAAGUGUCAGGUGCGUUUGGAGCCGAAGGGGAAGUACUACAACGCCUUCAUCCAGGAAGUAGGAACGCACUCGUCAGCCGUCACGGUGUUCAUCGAGGAGCUGGGAGAGAAACAUCUGGUUCCUCUCACCGAUCUGAAACCUGUGAAUCCAGUUCCUGCCUGGAACGUCGCGGCUCCUGCCAGGAAGGGAGACCUGGACUCAGACUCUCGUGGUCAGCGCCACCACCGCCACCGUUACUUCAGGAAGUCUCGCGGCAGCAGCGGCAUGAAGGGGGCAGAGCUUCUGAUGGCGCCAUCUUCCUCGUACGGCGGCCCCCCUCCCUCCGCCCUGCCCCCCCGCUUCCAGCCCGCGGGACACCUGCGCCCCCCCCCUCCCCUCUCGCCGGGAGCCAUGACCUAUGACCCCUACGCCCCCCCACACCACCACCACGCAGCCGCCAGGCCGCCGCGCUACGGAGCCUCCAGAAGCUCCACCCGUUUCCUGAACCGUCACCUGAUUGGUCCUCAGUUGACGUAUUACCACCCUGGGAGGAGAUAUUACCACGACUAUGACAACUACGCCUUCAGGUCAAGGCGCAGUCGGCGCCAGCUGGCCGCGGCGCUCAACAAGGAGUGUCAGUUUGGUUUCUCUGCGGAGACCGUGGACGAGUCGAGCGACCUGGAUGGAAACAUGGCGUACUACCAGCUGGACAACGGCAGCGAGGCUGUCUUCCCCCCUCUGCCGGGCCCAGCCGGAGCCCCGCCCCCCUCCAUGGGAGCCCCCCCUCCGUCUGGCUCCGCCUACCGUGUUCAGAGAGGCUCUGCGCCAUCGACGGCUCCACCCGGAAACACCGCCGUCUGUUCCUCAGAGGAGGACCAGGAGGACACCAGCACCGUGGAGGACCAGGCCGAGUACACGGAGGAUUACAUCUACAUCACUCAGGAUCAGAGCUACCAGACGCCCGGGGUCUACAGCGCUGCCGAGCCCCCCCAGACACAGGACGAGCAAGACGCAGGAAGUGCUGACUCUCCACCGAGACCUGAGAUAAACUACAGCUACACACAGCAGGUGGUGAAGCCAUUAGCAGUCAUCUGUUCUUCAUCCUCCUCUUCCUCCUCUUCACCUUCGUCUCCGUCGUCACGAGUUCCUGCAGCUGCUCACCUGCCGGCCGCCACACAGACACGCUCAGUUGCCAUGGCGAUUCCUGCCUCCUCUCCCUGGUUGGUUAACGAGAUGGGCGAGCCUCUCUGUACCGUGGUGGCUCCGCCCCCUUACUCCUACGACCCUAACGGCAGCGAUUUACCCAGAGACUGCCGAGUACUACAGUAUUACUUCAACCUUGGAAUCCAGUGGUACCAUCAGAGCUGCUGGCAGCAGCAGCAGCAGGUGUACCCCACCUCCUCACCGGACUCCUCCUACUCCUACCAGCACUACCCCCCAUACCUGAGCCAGGAGCCCCCCCUGCACGCUGCCCCCCCCUCAUACCCUGAGAUGGCUCGAGGGUCCCAUCAGCCCCCCUCCUCCUACCCAGAAUCCAGCAGGGCAGGAGACGGCCAGCCGGACGGACACGGCAGUGGCCCCGCCCCCAACAUGGAUGGCUCCGCCCCCUAAGCCCCGCCCCUCCAGGCUCCGCCCCCCCUGCUCUGCUGUAUCAGGACCAGACGCUCCCCCCUCCCCCGC